AGUAGCAACCCGUACCGUACUCACUCAACACGCUCUCUCGAGUCUCGGGAUGCCACGGUAAGUGACAAUUGCUUCAACAACAGCACGAUGCUCCCCGCGAUCUUGUUGCUAGCCUUCAUUUUCUUGGCACUUCUGACGCUCCGGCUUCUCUACAUCCUCCCCGUGACACACGGCACACCUCCGGCACCCCCGCAAUCCCGACAUGGACCAAAGCACCUAAUGAUCCUUCUCGGCUCCGGCGGGCACACCGCCGAGAUGCUUCUCUUGCUCGCCUCGCUGCCCUCCUCCUCCUCCACCGAGCACAUCAAGCGCACCUACAUCGUGACCUCCGGCGACGCGCUCUCGAUCCAGAAAGCGGCCACCUACGAAACCGCGCUCAGCACAUCCUCCACAUCUCCCACAUCAUCUACGAACUGCACGAUCCGCGUAGUCCCGCGCGCCCGCCGCGUGGGCCAGAGCUGGCUGUCGACCCCGUGGGAUUGUCUGCUGUGUCUGCUCGGCUGUCUGCGCGCCUUCGUCGCCGGCGGUGUUCCGGACGUGCUCGUGUGCAAUGGGCCCGGGAGUGCGGUGCUGAUGGUGCUAGUGGCGCUUGCAGGCCGGUUCUUUGGGCUGGCAAAGACGAGGACGCUGUAUGUGGAGAGUUUUGCUAGGACCCGCUCGCUGAGCUUGAGUGGGAAACUGCUGUAUCCUGUCGUGGAUAGGUUCUUUGUCCAGUGGCCGAAAUUGAAGGAGCAGUAUCCUAGGGCGGAGUAUAGAGGGAUUCUGGUUUGAUACCAUUGGGCUGGCUGUUUGUACGAGUAAAUUCAAGUUGAUACCUAAUACUGGAACCUCGUUCAC